AUGCGUUCAAUAAGAAAGAGGUGGACUAUAUGCACAAUAAGCAUCCUCCUGAUCUUCUAUAAAACCAAAGAUAUCGCAAGGACUGACGAGCUCCAGGAUUCACAACUCAAUGGAGAUAAUGAUCUUAGCCUAAGCAGACUAACCGUAAACAGCUCUGAAAAAAUCUUAAGAAAAGAAGCAUUUCCUCAUUCUGGACCAAGCUGGAAGAUAAAUUCUUCAUUGGCUAUGGAGAUACGAAAAGACAUCCUUCGAUUUUUGGAUGCAGAGAGAGAUGUUUCUGUAGUUAAAAGCAGCUUCAAGCCAGGAGAUGUAAUCCAUUAUGUCCUGGACAGACGCCGCACUCUAAAUAUUUCAAGGAAUCUGCACAGUCUUUUGCCUGAAGUAUCACCUAUGAAGAGCCGCCGCUUCCGGAUGUGCGCAGUCGUGGGUAAUUCUGGAAUCCUCCUUAACAGUGGAUGUGGCAAGGAGAUUGACAGUCAUGACUUUGUAAUAAGGUGCAACUUAGCUCCUGUGGUUGAAUUUGCAUCUGACGUUGGAGCCAAAUCAGAUUUUAUUACCAUGAAUCCUUCGGUGGUACAAAGAGCAUUUGGAGGCUUUCGUAAUGAGACAGAUCGGCAGAAGUUUGUACAAAGACUGUCCAUGCUUAAUGACAGUGUCCUGUGGAUUCCAGCCUUCAUGGUCAAAGGUGGAGAGAAACACGUUGAGUGGGUUAAUGCACUAAUCCUUAAAAACAAACUAAGAGUACAAACUGCCUACCCAUCACUGAGACUCUUUCACGCUGUCAGAGGGUAUUGGCUAACAAACAAAGUCCAAAUCAAGAGACCAAGCACUGGCCUUCUGAUGUACACCCUGGCAACGCGGUUUUGUGAUGAAAUUCAUCUGUAUGGAUUCUGGCCCUUCCCUAAGGAUAUUUCUGGAAAUAUAGUGAAAUACCAUUAUUAUGACGAGCUGAAAUAUAAAUAUUUUUCAAAUGCUGGCCCUCAUAGGAUGCCACUGGAAUUCAAGACACUGAAUUUAUUACAUAAUAAAGGAGCUUUGAAACUAACAACUGGACAGUGUGAACAGCAAUAA